AUGGGAGUCCAAAAGAAAAGCCGCAAGUUUGCGCAAACAAAGCGCGCUAUUAAAAUGCGUGAUGACCGCCUAAAAGACAAAUCCGAAGACAAGAAAGAACCCAAGAAGGAUGAUCUUAUUCGAGAGGCACCCCAGGCUCCUUCGUCCAUGUUCUUCCAAUACAAUACCGCUCUCACACCUCCAUACUCCGUUCUCGUCGAUACCAAUUUCAUCUCUCACACUAUUCAGCACAAACUUGACAUGAUCCCUACAAUGAUGGACUGUCUCUAUGCCAAGUGUAUACCCGUCAUCACCGAUUGCGUCCUUGCCGAGUUAGAAAAGCUGGGACCGAAAUACCGACUUGCGCUUCGCGUUGCCAAAGAUCCACGAUUUGAGCGACUCCGCUGCGACCACAAGGGCACAUACGCUGAUGAUUGCCUUGUUGACCGUCUCGUUAAGCAUCGUGUUUACAUUGCCGCUACUAACGAUCGCGAUUUAAAGAGACGAAUUCGUAAAAUUCCUGGAGCACCCAUCAUGAGCGUCGCCCGUGGAAAAUACGUUAUCGAACGUCUCCCUGAUGCACCCGAGAAGUGA